AUGGACGGCGGGAUGUCUGGUGAAGGUGCCAGCCUCUGGACGGUUGCUUAUAUCCCUAAUUCUAUCAUUGCUCAGCGAGACUCGACCCAGUUGAGUCUGGAAACGCCAAAUAAUGCAGCUGAAUAUGUGUUGUCAUCACUGGACAAGAUAGCGAAUUGGGGACGGCAAGGCUCCAUGUGGCCCAUGACAUUCGGUCUUGCAUGUUGUGCAGUUGAAAUGAUGCACAUAGCUGCUGCUCGCUACGAUCAGGAUCGACUGGGGAUAAUGUUCCGGGCGAGUCCCCGUCAAUCUGACAUCAUGAUUGUUGCGGGAACUCUGACGAAUAAGAUGGCACCUGCUUUGCGGAAAGUGUAUGAUCAAAUGCCAGAGCCAAGAUGGGUUAUCUCUAUGGGUUCUUGUGCAAACGGUGGCGGCUAUUAUCAUUACUCAUACUCCGUCGUGAGGGGAUGCGAUCGGAUCGUGCCCGUUGACAUUUACGUACCGGGAUGCCCACCGACGGCGGAAGCUUUGCUUUAUGGCCUGUUGCAGCUACAGCGUAAAAUGAGGAGAAACAGGAAAAGUGUUAUCUGGUACCGCAACAAAUAA